CCAUUUUGUUCGCGGACGCUGGGGACGGUGGGAGCAGAUCCAUUUCCGGGUUGGCAAAAGGGGCGGCGGCGAGAAAGGGAGCUUGCCGGGGGGCGAGCAAGACGGGACGGAGCCGGAGCGGAGGUGGCGGAGGAUUUGCUCCCGGAGCCGCUGUGCCCAGAUGCCAGUAACACCUCCUAGUCAUGACAGUCAGAAUGUCUCCAGACAUUGCCAACUGUCUCCUGGGGGACAAAAUCACCCUGCUUGGGAACCAUUGUUAUAGAACAAUGCUUUGGCACCUAGUGGGUGCUCAAUAAAUGUUUAUCAUAUGAUAGAUGGAUUAAUGAAUGAAUAAACUCAGCAAGAGAAACUGACUCCUGAGGAUGUGAAAAGCUAUCAUGGUUUUUAAGUGGAAAGGCUUAAGAAGGGAAUGAGAAUUUUUCUGAAAAUCAGGGACUCUGAAGAACACAGAUGGUGAGGUAUAUGAGUGACCUAAAGCUGCAGAUUAAAAAGGAAAGAGAGCAGUGCCAACUGCAAACAGGGCAAGGAUGCCAAUUCCUCCUCCCCCUCCACCACCCCCUGGUCCUCCUCCACCUCCCACUUCUAAUCAGGCCAACACUGAGCUGCCCAAGCUGAGUAGAGAUGAGCAGCGGGGUCGAGGUGCUCUCUUACAGGACAUCUGCAAAGGGACCAGGCUGAAGAAGGUGACCAACGUUAAUGAUCGGAGCGCUCCCCUCCUCGAGAAACCCAAAGGAAGCAGUGGUGGUUAUGGCUCUGGAGCAGCUGCCCUGCAGCCCAAGGGAGGUCUCUUCCAAGGAGGAGUGCCCAAGCUCCGCCCUGUGGGAGCCAAGGACGGUUCAGAGAACCUAGCUGGCAAGCCAGCCCUACAAGUCCCCAGUUCUCGAGCUGCUGCCCCAAGGCCUCCGGGGUCUACAGCCAGCGGGCGCCCUCAGGAUGAUACAGACAGCAACCGAGCCUCACUCCCAGAACUGCCCCGGAUGCAGAGACCCUCGUUACCGGACCUCUCUCGGCCUAAUACCACCAGCAAUACGGGCAUGAAGCACAGCUCCUCCGCCCCUCCUCCGCCUCCCCCGGGGCGGCGUGCCAACGCCCCCCCUACGCCUCUGCCUGUGCACAGCAGCAAAGCCGCAGCCUACAACAGAGAGAAGCCCCUGCCACCCACACCUGGACAGCGGCUUCACCUUGGUCGAGAGGGACCUCCCGCUCCACCCCCAGUCAAGCCGCCUCCUUCCCCUGUGAAUGUCAGAACAGGACCAGGUGGCCAGUCUCCAGCUCCUCCACCUCCGCCUUACCGCCAGCCUCCCGGGGUCCCCAAUGGACCCUCCAGUCCCACUAACGAGUCAGCCCCUGAGCUGCCACAGAGACACAAUUCUUUGCAUAGGAAGACACCAGGGCCUGUCAGAGGCCUAGCGCCUCCUCCACCCACCUCAGCCUCCCCUUCUUUACAGAGUAAUAGGCCACCUCCCCCAGCCCGAGACCCUCCCAGUCGGGGAGCAGCUCCUCCACCCCCGCCACCCAUGAUCCGAAAUGGUGCCAGGGAUGCCCCCCCUCCCCCCCCACCGUACCGAAUGCAUGGGUCAGAACCCCUGAGCCGAGGAAGGCCCCCGCCUCCACCCUCGAGGACGCCAGCUGGGCCCCCCCCGCCGCCUCCACCACCCCUGAGGAAUGGCCACAGAGAUUCUAUUACCACUGUCCGAUCUUUCUUGGAUGAUUUUGAGUCAAAGUAUUCUUUCCAUCCAGUAGAAGACUUUCCUGCUCCAGAAGAGUAUAAACACUUUCAGAGAAUAUAUCCCAGCAAAACAAACCGAGCUGCCCGUGGAGCCCCACCUCUGCCGCCCAUUCUCAGGUGAAGCCUGGCUUGGUCCUGUUCCUCAGGAAAAGGAUGGACCCUCUCCUCUUCUCAGAUGGUCCCUUCCAUUCUCCCUGAAACCUGCAUGACAGCUCCUAACGUGUUUCUCCAGUGCAACCAACCUCGAGACUCCAAGCGUCCACCCAGCUCACCUCCAUCUAUGCAUCUCGUCUCUGGACUUGGUGACCGGACUCUUUAUAUUGACAGUAGGGUCUCAAACCCUGCAUCCAUCCCUCCUCUUGCAAGCCCUGCUGGCCAGAUGAGGAGAAAGAUUCCAUGUCUCCUGCUUUCCUCUGGGGAAAGGUGCCUUGUUGUGAUGAAUGAACUCAUUGUCGGGGCGGGGUGGAGAAUGGUACUCCUACCUUCUCCUACCCACUGUGGGGGGAGCUUGGUGGGUAUAUUAUAUUUCAUCAUUUUAGGAGGCUGGCAUGGCCAGGACUUCUGGGGGUGGGCAUUUUUAGUGAAAUGGGAAAGGAGUUUGCAGAGAAGUGAUCUGUUUUAAAGGUCAAGUUUAGAGCAUGGGCAAGGAAGUGGGUCUGCUUUAUUUUUAGGGGUAUUUUGGCUUUGCCCUCACCCCACCCCACGCUUAUACCCAGAAAUAGGUUGGAUAUAAACACUAAAUACUAAUCAGUUGAACUAAACAUCUAAUAAAAAGAGAGGGUGAAGUAAACGGGGGGUCCUUUUAGAGCUAGUCAGUUCCUCUGCGUCACAGGGACCAGGAGCCAUGUGAGCCCUCUGGGGCUCCCUGCUCCAUUUCUUCAGGUGCUGAGGCUGAGGGAUGUUUUUCCUCCUCUCACCACCUAUCCCCUCAAGAGAAAAGUCCCUUUCAUUCAUUCAUUAUGGAUUCAGAAACCCCCAAAACCUCUAGUGAGAGAUAGGAAGAUAGGACCUUGGCCUUGGCCUUAACCUUGACCUUGAGGCUGCCUCAGUCUUCUCUGCUUGGCCCUGAAGGCCACUGGCCCUUUCAUCCCUGUUCAGAAACUUCAGCCCCUGAUGGGUGCUCCAGGAUGACGAAGAAGGGAAGGGUGAAGCACCUUGUGGAAGGGACCAGCUCUGCAGGCUGUGAAUGGCUUUAACUGAGGCCCACUCGUUGUGAAGUUCAUAGCCCAUCUGAGUGAGCAGGCUCUUCCUGUUCCCUUCUGCACCACUCAACCCCAAGACUGCAGGGGUUAGCACAGCAGAGUAGAGAAGGGUGAGGAAGCUUAUGGGGGUAGUCAAAGAUUCCUCUGCCAAAAGCACAAGGACUUUGGUGCGGUGUGCCUCAGUCCAGUUGAUCUUCCCUGGCAGCCAGCAAUAUGUUGUUUCGUCUUCCAGGUCCUAGUUAAAGAGCACAGAGAAAAUGAAGGUUCCCAGUCUAGGUAGGAACUGAGCUUGGAUCGUGGUGCAGGGACUUCCCCUUCUCCAACAGCAUGAUGGAGCUCCUGGGCUCCACAUCCAGCUGGUUUGGUUUGCUAAAGCUCUUGUCAAGUGCAGAGGCUGCUCAAAGCUUGAAGUGAGAGCAAAGGAGCUUUCAUCAGAUACAUCACAGGCUUAAACUGUCCUAGGGACCUUUCCUAUCUGUUGGAUCACAGACGAAGGAUCUGUACAUGGUGCCCAGUGAAACCCAAGUGCUCCCAGUGCUAGAUGAGAGAGCUCUCAACUUGGGUUAUUUAUCUGGGGUCUGCGAUCCUUUGCCAUCCCCUGGACCAUAUUGACUGUUGGGGCGAACCAUGAUUAGGUCUGUGACCACGGUUUUUCUAAUCAUUCUUUAUUUAUCAUUCUUAUUUUCAAAUCUGUUAGCAGUUACCUCCCAGCAGUAUCCCCCCAGCAUCCUGAAGCCAGUGGAGCUUAGAGAGAGGAUGUUAGUGGAGGGAAAAGGACAAAGUACAAGACUUGAUACUGCAGCAGAGUUCCAGGGUAGAUGCUGACCCCAGUUACUGAACUUGGACUGUGAAGUCUUCCCAUUUAUUUUUGAAAUGGGAGUUGAUGCCUUUUGUACAAUGUUAUCAAAGCGUAUCUCUUUUCCCCUCACUCCUCAAACAUAGAGCAUCGAAAUGAGCAUCACACGUAAAAGCCAAACCCCAGCUUUUCACUGGGGCUACUAUCUUCCUCCCGUAUGACCUGCUGCCCCUCAUAUUCCCCAGCAUUUGGACUGUGUCACGUGGGUAUUGACUGUAUUUUCAUUUUCUUGGCCUCAUGGAAAAAGGCCUGGGACUAGAUCUAGUCAGAUGGAUUUUCUUCUUCAGAGCAUGUUGAUGACACAGUACCUAUUUAAAUGUCUUUGCCUUAUACCCUAUUUGGUCCCUGUGUUAAUAACAGAUUUAUUAUCAUGUAUAUUUACUAUUGAUGAAUGGGAAUGUGAGCCUCAUAGUUACUGAUCUAUUUUGUAUGCUGUAAAAAGCUUGUAAUAUAGGUUUGAGGUGGGCUGGCUACAAGAGCACUAAAACUUCUCACCUUUUAAACUGCUCUUUUUAUCUGCUUGUGGGAAUGUCAUCUCUUCAGUGGAAGAUUGGGUGGUCUCAUGUUGAGGCUGUUGCCCAGUCCCAUUAACCCCCUUAUCCCUUCCCAGAAGGAAGAGACAUUGCCCAACUAGGCAUCAAAGAAGCUGUGUUAAAAGCCCUCGUGUGGGUUUGGUUUUAUGAUGUUUUUCUCGGGUGGGAAAAACUUCAUAGUUGUUUCUUACCGCCCUUUCUGGGAAGCAGGCCAGUGGUCUGCAGGUUUUUAAAUGAGCUAGAUGCCCCUCUCCCCGUCUCCUCUGGUCCCCAGACCUGGAUCGCAGCACUGUGGUGCUCCAGGUGUGGUUUGCUCUAUCGUGGGGGUUUCCUCCAGCUGCAGAGGCCCAGCGUUUUCCCAGCUGGGCCCGCAGAGUGAGAGCACUUAGGGGCUAUCCCACCCAACAGACAAGAGGCUCCUGUCUCCAAAACUUCAUCCCAGCCCUCUGAACUGGCAAAGGCAAGGAGACUAGCCACUGACCAUUGCCCUGGGGGCAUCCCCUCACCCCAUAGCUUCCCCUCUUGAAACCUAAAUUUACCUCCAGGGAGAGGUGAGAUAAAAUUGUAAAUAGACUUGCUACAGAGCAACUCAGGGUUGGGGUGUGUUUUAAUUCUCCUGAUCACUUGAAAUAAUCUGUAGGCUGAGUGCUUAUGGGAGUGGGGGUGAAGUGUGACUCCAGGGUCCUUCCCUUCUGCAGAGCUCUGGGUGGAGUAGAGGGCAUCUGAGGCCCUUUGGUGGCACUACACUGAGCUGUCUGUUCUGGAAACCCAACCUGCAAUCAACUGCAAAUCAGAUUCCUCACAUUCCAGUUGUAGUCUUUCUUUCCCUGUUGAAUCUCAGUCCCUGGCUGUACGUGGUCAGGGUGGCUUUCUGUGAGCCACCCUACUUUAGGGAAUGGGAGGCAUUACAACUCUGCCUUCGAGACUCGUCUCUUAAAAGCAAAGUGAAGCAAAACUACAACCACCUUCAAAACACAUACAGAAAAAAAAAGGAUAAUUUUAACCAAAGGAAGGGUUUGGUUCCAUUCAACUCCACAUUCAUUGUGCCUUUACUUGUGUUAGAUUUCUGUGCUUUCUUCCUCUCUCCCUCUUUGAAGCAAUUAAAAUCUUCCUUGAUAACUGCUGUUUCCUUCUUUCUCCUCUUGUCUGACAACUUAGUGGGUUCCCUCUCUAAUGGUCUUAAAUCUCAUUCCACUGGUGGCAGCGGGGCCGAGCCUUCUCUUCUCACGUCUAACCCUUGUCCUUUUCCACGUCGACCAGCAUGGGAGCCAUCGUCAACACUGAAUAAAAGACUAGAGUGACGUGCGUGAAGAGUGUAUGUGUGUAUGUGUGCGUCCAUCUUUGUCUGCAUGUGGAUUGGUUUCUUUUCUUCUAAAAAAUAAUUUAUUGUAUGAUUUAUUUUGGAGUUGUUUCUGAUUACGGGGCUCCCUCUCCCAAUUAGCAUUGAUUUCUUUACCCCCUUCUACAGUGUAUAAUCCGGUCUCAGGUUGGAUUCUUUGGUACAUUUCUUUCUUCUGGAUGCCGUGCAGUUUAAUUAAACCUUGCUUAAAAACAAAAGCAAAAAACCUGAAAACUGUGUAGUCUUGUCUGGAAUACCACCACAAGUGGUGGCAUAGAAGAGAGAAAGUCUGUUGCCUCCGGUUAGGGUACUGGUUUGACUCCAGAUCCUCUGAGAAAGUAGAAAUACUAACUUGGGCAGAAGCAUCUGCAGCUUCCUCGGAGUUUUCUCUCCUCCCCUCCUGCUGUGUUUUGAAAGUCACAGUUCCAGUUAGCCAGGCUGACUGGGUGAUUCUGAUAGAGUUGGUCAUUAUUUAUAUUUGCCACCUAACUCCCCUUUGCCCAUGAUUCCAGGGAACUCAGGAGACCCCCUGGCCUUGUGUCCUUUCCUUAUAUCCCUAAGGCUUCUUUCCACCUGUGUGUGUGGUAGAUUCUCACACUGAAGUGUGAAGAAAAGGUGAGGGCAGAACACGCAGACUGUGUCUGUUUUUAUGUGGGUGUUGCCUUUUUUUCUUCACUGCUUAAGUUGAAAUCUUAGCUGGCUUUCUUGAACGUUGACUGUAGGUGUCAGAAUUGAACCAGACAUUCUCUGCUUACUGUGGUCAGCUGACGUAAUCACCACUAAGAUUUAAUGAGCUUAAUCUACACUUUCGUCACUAGCAAAGGUCUUGAAAUUAUUUCCCGUACUGGUUCAUAAUAGGUGUGUGUAUGAGGCACUCUCACACAGUUUGAUAUAAAAACCUAUGAGGGUGCGGGAGCGAGGGGAAAAAAGGGCCUCCUUUCAUUUUCAUCCAUAUUUGCCAGGUUGGCUGAAUUCCUGAUUCUUUGACCCAUCAUUGUUACUAAUAUGAUUAAUAAACUACCUAUUUAUUGAUUUAAUUGUUCCUCCUGUGACUUUGAAUAGCCCUCAAAUAGAGUUUGCCUAGAUGACUCUCAACUUGCUAACCCUAUAAGCUUUCUCCGUCCUAUUGGGAUGGUAUUGCUAGUCUGUGUACGUGUGCACGUGCCCGCCAGUGCACGCACGCACGCACACAGACACACAUAAGGAUGCCGGACAGGUCCUUCCUGUGUCAUUUGGUCCCUUCCUCCAUGACACCGUGUAUGGAUUAGCAAGUGAUAAGGACACUAGUUUGCCCACCUUAAUUAUUACCAAGACAUAGCCGCUUAUGGUGAAUGUGCCUCUUUAAGUAUUUUCUGGCCCAGCCCAGCCACUAACUGCAACUUACUGCAAGGAAGCUACCUGUCUCUGACUUCCUAUUACUCUGCAGACAGAGGUAAGAGAACUAAAAUGUCAACCUCAGGAUCCUAACCACCCCAGAGGAUAACUAUGGGGAAAUGCUUCAUCUUUGACAUCACUGGAGCCCAGUCUGGAUUGUUUUUACACAUAAUUGAAUUGAUUCUCCACUCCUAGGUUUAGGGGUGUGAGAUUUAAAGGACUGUAAAUGUUCAAGCAAAAGAUGGAUAUCGACUUGGCAGGAAUGUCCUUUCCAUUCAUUGAGCAAGCGUUGAUUGCGUAUUUUACUCUGUGCCAGGCACCGACAAUAUGAAGACGAAUAGGACAUGGUCUUUGCCUCCAAGGAGCUCAGAGUCUAGCAGAAGACUUCAGGACAGCCACCAAGGGAAACCUAUGCGGGGCAUUAAAGGCUUUAUGGUAAUUAGCCAGGGCAGGAGGAUGGUGACUGGCAUUCCAGACAUAGGAAACGGCAAGGACAAGGCACAGAAGCGAGAAACAGUAUGAUGGUCUGCUCAUCAUGUUAGUGGAGUAGUGAAAAGAGAAAACUUCAACUAGGUAACCUUUUAGAGAACUUUCAAUCUGGACGUUCUGUGAUUCUCUGCCUGCUUCCACAAUAGUCACUUAUUCUUGUAGGCUUUUCUUGGACUGGUGCUAUAUUUCCUGGUGAAUGCUUUCAUAGGCUCCAAUAUGCACGUUAAGUACUCAUGGCUUCCUCUGCCCCCUCUGUCCCACUGUAACUGAGGUAGUUGUUCACCACCAUCCCUUAAAAGCUGGCUGGGCACUUGUUACUACCAUUUCUGGUUAUGAAGGACAAGUUUUAGGUGUCCAGGUUAUAAAAAUAAAUAUGAACAGUGAAAGUUGCUUCUUUCUAGGUUCUGUUCCCCUGUUAAGAGAUCAGAAAUACCAGCUGGUAAAAAAGUCUCCAUUCUGUGGUAGCGCUUUCUCCAUUCGUGGCAGCCUACGCUCUUCACUCUUGUAGUUUUCAGCUCCUAGAAAGCCUUCCCCAGAUGUGCUCCUUCGCCGUCUCUCCCUCUAAAACCUGCAUCUGUCUAUUCCCCCUCGGUAUGUUUUAAGUGGUCAGGAGUUUGAUCUCCUGUUAGACUUCCUGAGUUUGAAUGCCAGUUCUUCCACUUACUAGUUGUGUGACCUUGGGCAGAUUUACUCAACCUCUCUAUUUCAGUCUUCUCAUUUGUGAAAUGGAAAUAAUUCCAACUUCAUGGGGGUGCCUGUGAGAAUUAAUAAGGUGAUAUAGGUAAAAUACCAGAGCUCAGCCCCUGGCACACACAAGCACUCAAUAUUGGUUUUUAUCUCCUAUAUGAAUGAACUACAAUUAAGUUGAUUGUAUUAUUGUUUUCCUAUUUCUCGGCUUGCUCUAUUUCAUUUGAUAUUGAAGGAUGACAGAUACAUGCUUACCAUCACCUAGAAUUGGAUUUGGGUUUUUAGUGGAACCUGGGUUGUUAGCAUUGGAAGCUGGCCUGUAAAUUACUGCUUUAAUUUAUAUUUUUCAUUAAAAGUUCAGAUUGCCACUC